AUGACACUUAGAGCAGUGGUGAACUGCACAGGACUGGAGACCCUCUACGACGAUGUCACUUCUGAUGUUCAGAACGGUUUUCUCCUAGUGUACAGUAUCCUCGUCUUCGCUGUUGGGUUCCUAGGUGACUUGGUGGUAUUAUUUGGGUCAAUAUCCUACAUAAACGUGACUUACAACAUUGACAACAUAACGAUCCUAUUCGUGAAGCACCUAGCAAUAGCUGACCUGCUUUCUCUGAUAUUCGUGGUGCUUCCUCUGGCUAUCCUACACGGUGCACGACGCUGGGUGCUAGGCUGUGGCACGUGCUACCUCCUGGGUGUGGUUAACAACUACCCUGGCCUUCUUCACAUCCACUUCAUUCUGCUUAUCUCCGUUCAUAGGCUUCUCAGAUGUAUCGCUCCGGUUAAGUCUGGGGCUAUGUUCAGGAAGAACAAGGCUUACUUAAUCGUGGGGCUCAUCUGGGCCUACUGUGCGAUCCUCCCUAUCUUCACCCUCUUCUCCCAGCAGGAAAUCCGUCUUAUAACUGACUCGUGCACCCUGGACACCUAUGACUUUGGAACUUCUCGUAUAGCAGGAAUACAAACCGGUACCAUAAUGACAAUUUUCUGGAUUCUAUCCAUCUGCCUGCCAUUUACAUUAGUUAUAAUUUGUAUCGUACUGCUUGCAAUAACAUCACUAAAACUAACCGGUGUGAUAUGGAACAAAAACAAGAAGAUCCUCAUAACCACCCUCCUUAUCGGAGGUUCCUUUGUGGUUUCGUGGUCCCCCCACAUUGUCUUCACCAUAUGGAGAACAUUUGACCAGAGUCUCUCGUCUUCAUCCCUUAACAGACUUCCUCAGUACUUCCACAUGGUUAGUCUCUGUGUCAAUCCCAUCAUCUACACAAUCGUCAACCGGAAUUUUAAGAAGUUCAUGAAAGAACAUGCCAGGAAGGUUUCUGAAGCGACCACAUCAUUUUCAACAACAACAACGACCACAGCCCACAAAAAUGAGACGCUGAAUAAUCGGGUAAGGUAA